ACAACCACAUUUUCGGUUGAUUGGAAUGUUUGGACGCUAAAUAGAAUCCGUAACUAAUAAAUAAUUAACAGGAGUACAUAUAUUCAAUUAUUCAGUGUGGCAGGGAAUAAUCAGUCCAUGUUUUACACAACUAUACGGGGGGUAAUCGAUCGGAAAAUGCAGGCAGACCUCACCGGGGGUAAUCGAUCGGAGUAGUAAUGGUAAUGGAGAACGGGGAAGGGAAGGGAGGCCUCACUGGGGCACUCACCGGUAGGGGCUCGCCCAAAUCGGAGGGAAAUGGCGACGGGGAACGGCGCUGGGGAAGAUGGCGAUGGCGACAGGUCUGGGGAAGAUGGCGAUGGCGACGGGUCUGGGGAAGAUGGCGACAGCGCUGGGGAAGCUGAAGUGCAGUCCAGAUGCGACGGCGACGGCGCUAGGGAAGAUGGCGACGGCGCUGGGGAAGAUGGCGAUGGCGACGGCGCUUCUUGUCUCUAGGCUCUCCACGAAGAAGAAGAUGGCGAAUGAAAUUUGGGAAUUAGGGUUCUGCCCGAACCCGACCCACCUUCCCCUUUAAUUUUCGGUCUUUUAGUUUUUUUUUAAUUACACCAACCGGCCGAAUGUAAAAAACCGGACGACCGGCUAGAGCGGCUAACCGCUUCGGCCGCUCGCCGGCCGCCCUAGAGAACCAGUCCGGCUAAAUAGCUGAUCCGAGCCGGUUUUGUGCCCGAUUGGCGGUUUUGGCGGCUCGGCCGGCUCGGCCGGCUCGGCUUUCACAACACUGGUAAUUUGUCCAAAUUGGUGCUUAAUGGACUUAUUCAUUGUUGAAGAAUGGGCUCAGGCCGAAUACGUGAUUUGUAGCCUUCAAAAUCAUAGGAAAAUGAUCUUUCGAAAAAAAAGUCACGCAAAAUAUUACAAAAAUGUCAUCCAAAAAUAAAUACGCACAAAUUGGUGCUUUAUGGACCUAAUAAUUGGUGGAGGGUCGGAUCAAUAGACUUCAUUAUCGUUGGAGAAUAGCUUGGGAAAAAUCACCUGAAAUAUGUGAUGGUACCCCGUUGGAAUAUGCAAAAAAUGGACUCGGAAUAAAUCACCCAAAUUAUUGUUUAAUGGGCUUAAUCAUCAUUGAAGAAUAACCCCAUAUAGGAGUGGGAAAAUUAUUGCGAUUUUGCAGUUAUACCGCACUCGCAUCGAAUAAGAGCGGUUUGUGGUUAACUGCAAACCGUAUAAAAAGGCCUUUUUCGGUAAAAGUUAGUGGACUUGGCUCCUUUGCGAUUUGUGGUCUAACAGCACACCACACCGAAUAACUAACCGUGCAAGAGUAAGCCCAGCCCAGGCCCGACCCAUCCAACGUCCCAAAAAGCAAUCCCAAACUAUCUCCAAACUUCCAAGUUCCAAAAUCGGCCUAGGGUUCCAUUCCUUCCUUUCGAGUUUCGACCUUUCAUUUGUUGCCCGCAGGCAGCAGCUUCGCUGAACCUGAAUGCCUAAACUUUUGUGGCUUUGUCGACCGUCGUUGGUGAAGAGGAAGAGCAGCGGCCAGCGAGCAGCCGAGCAUGAGCAGUCAGUCCAGCUCCACUAGCAGCAUUCACGAGCAGAAGAGCAGGCGUCCCCGUCCAUCGACCAUCGAGAAGCAGAGCAAAGCACGAGCGACAGAGGAGGAGGUGUUGUCGUUCGCGAUUUGCGGUUUGAUGUUUUGUUAAAUGCAAUUAACCGCUAACCAUGAUUUGCGAUUAGUAGUUAACCGCAAACCGUUUGUAUUGCGGUAACAGUGGGUGGUCUUCUCCUUGUGUGAUGGCGGUUCACCGCGCUUAUUCGGUGCAAUUAACUGCAACCACACCUUUCCCACCCCUAUCAUCAGGCCGAACCUGUGAUCUAUAGCCUUCAAAAUCUAAGAAAAAUGACCUUUCAGAAAAAAAUCACCGAUAAAAUUACAAAAAUGCUAUCCGAAAAUAAAUUCGUCCAAAUCAGUUCUUAAUGGAUUUAAUCAUCGGUUGAGAACCGGAUUAAUAGACUUCAUUAUCAGGGUAGAAUAGCCCCAGGCUGACUCUAUUAUCUGUCGCCUCCAAAAUGAAAAGAAAAUGACAUUUCGGAAAAAUCAGCCGAAAUCUGUGGUGGUACCCCUUUGGAAUCUCCAAAAAAUGGAACCGAAAGAAAUUCGCAUAAAUCGGUGCUUAAUGGAAUUAUAGUUGAAGAAUAGCCUCAGAUCGAGUCCUUGAUCUGUAGCUUUCAAAAUCCAAGGAAAAUGGAAUUUGAAAAAAAAAUUACCCAAAAAAUUCUGAAAAUGUCAUCCGAAAUUCGCCCAAAUCAGUUCUUAAUGGACUUAAUUAUCAGUGGGGAAUCGCAUUAAUAGAAUUCAUUAUCGGCGGAGAAUAGCCUGAAAUGAAUUUGUGAUCUAUUAGUUUCCAAAUUGAAAAGAAAACUGCAUUUCGGAAAUAGCGCCCGUAACUUAUGAUAGUACCCAUUUAGAAUCUGCCAAAAAUAUAUCUGAAAGAAAUUCACCCAAAUCGGUGCUUAAAGGACUUAAUAAUCAUUGAAGAAUAGCCAUAGGCUGAAUAAGGGAUAUGUAGCAUU